CAGGAAGUGAUGUGGCACGUGGCAUUCCUGGUGCUGGUGUCUGGGCUAUCAAUCAGCUUGGCCCGGCCCCGCCUACCUCCGCUCUCCCACGAGAUGGUUGACUACAUCAACAAGGCCAACACUACCUGGAAGGCUGGCCACAACUUUCAUAAUGUGGACUACAGCUAUGUCAAGAGGCUGUGUGGCACCCUGCUCAAAGGACCCAAACUCUCCAUCAUGUGAGUGUCAGCUGUGUGUGUGGGUUGUAUUGAUGGAAUGUACUAGCUAGUGUAUUUUUGCUGUACAAGAAGGAAGUGAAAAUGGAUCUGUCAAUAGAAAUGAACACAAGCUUCAGAUUCUGCCAACACUACACAGUAACAGUACACAUGUUCAGUCUUGGUCUUCUCCUGUCACACUCUUUCUCCUUUCUCUCCCUCUUUCUCCAUGGCUGUCUCUCUGGAGGGUUAGUGUGUAGGGUAGGUUGUAGCAUGUAGAGUUAAUGGCUAUUUUGUUCUCUCCUUUGUAGGGUGCAGUAUGCAGGGGACAUGGAGCUGCCUAAAAACUUUGACCCUAGGCUUCAGUGGCCCAACUGCCCCACUCUGAAGGAGGUCCGGGACCAGGGCUCCUGUGGCAGCUGCUGGGUAAGAACGCACACAAGGAUACACCCAUUCUCAGAUUCCUGUGACUGAUCCAUGAAGUUGAGUGUGUUUGAUGUGCUUGUUCCACUGCAGGCGUUUGGUGCUGCGGAGGCCAUUUCAGACCGUGUGUGUAUCCAUAGCAACGCUAAGGUCAGCGUGGAGAUCUCCGCUGAAGACCUGCUCAGCUGCUGUGAAAGUUGUGGCAUGGGGUACGUGCAUAUGUGUGUUUCUCGUUCACCUGGGGGGGGGAGUGGGGUGCGCAAGGGAUCGGAGGUUGGUGGGAUUUGUGCGCUUGCAUUUUUGCUAACUGUGUGUGUUCUUAGAUGUAAUGGUGGUUACCCCUCUGCUGCAUGGGACUUCUGGACUAAAGAGGGGAUGGUGUCUGGAGGACUCUAUGACUCUCACAUCGGUGAGUAGCACACACUUUCUCACUCUGUUUUCCCACAGUUCGUCAUCUCUACUCCGUCCUCGCUGAGCAUCAUGUGAAACCCACUUACCCUCUGUCUGGUCUCUCCUCUCAGGUUGCAGGCCCUACUCUAUCCCUCCCUGUGAGCACCAUGUCAAUGGCACACGACCCCCCUGUAAAGGAGAGGAGGGCGACACCCCACAAUGUAUCAACCAGUGUGAGGCCGGGUACACACCUGGCUACAAGCAGGACAAGCACUUCGGUAAGGACACACAAACGCAUUGUGUAUUUUUUUUUUUCUUUGAAAAUGAGUGAUUGAAUCUAUACGGUUUGAGUCUAUUCAAGCAAGGCUCUCACCCAUGGAGAUGCACACACCCUCUCUAAGCCCUCUCUCUCCUGUCCUCUAGGUAAGCGUUCGUACAGUUUGCCCUCUGACGUGAACGAGAUCAUGAAGGAGCUUUACAAGAAUGGACCUGUAGAGGGUGCUUUCACUGUCUAUGAAGACUUCCUGCUCUACAAGACUGGUGAGGUCACUCACUCAUUUAUCUCUCAUGCACUUGCUCACUUUCUACUCUCUCAAACAUUUUCCUAUUUCUCACACCCGAACACUCUCUCUAUAGGUGUGUACCAACAUGUCUCUGGCAGUGCAGUAGGAGGCCAUGCCAUUAAGAUUCUGGGCUGGGGAGAGGAGGGGGGAACUCCUUACUGGCUGGCUGCUAACUCCUGGAACACUGACUGGGGAGAUAAUGGUGAGACACUAUUUGUUACAACUCUGUUCAAAUAAGCCCCCACCUAUUGUUGAUAAAUUGCUAUUUCUGGUCUUAUUUUCUAAUGUGUGUAUUUUCUCUCCUGUCUCAGGUUUCUUCAAGAUCCUGCGAGGUGAGGACCACUGUGGCAUCGAGUCCGAGAUGGUGGCUGGUAUCCCUUUGUAACCAGGACGUGAUGGGAGAGAGACUGCUACAGAUGCGGCAGUUUCCUGUCCACUAGACGGAUAUUUUGGCAACUCUGUAGUUCCAAAAUAAUUGGUUAAGUAAACUCCACCAUGUCAGAGGGAAAGAUGGAGCUGCUACCAUAUUGCGCAUACCUGUCCUAUUCUGAUUGGUUAUCAGAUCUGAGUAGUGGCUAGGGGUCUCUGAUUUUAGUUAAAUGUUUAUCACUUUUUUAAAACUACAGGACAGAUCACUGCUGUCUGUGGUACUGUGUUUUACCUAUGGCUCAUGUUACACGUAUGACCGGCUAUCUCCGGUGGCUCUGGCUCAAUGUCACACUGGGUGCCUCAAUAGUCUGUAGUGGCUUCCUCCCCUUGUAUCUGACAACACAGGAUGGGUGAAGGCAAUAUGGAGGAUGCCUGCGACGUAUAUGCUUUCACCUGUCCAGUUGUGUAAUGUCAGUGCAGGGAGAGGAAUCCACUGUAGACUAUUGAGAACGCCCCCAGUGAGUGACUAGACGUCCAUCUUGUUUCCUGUGUUUGUACGAUGUUGCCAGUGAUGGCAAGGUCACUAGCUGUGCUAAAAUACUCCUCUCCCUGUUUGCUAGUUCACAAAAAGGAACAAUUUUUUAUUAGUUAUGCUUGUAAGUGUUAAACCCCUAUUUUUUUUUUAAUUUGUUUUUUCAAUUGACAUGAUCAGUUGUGCACGUAUUUGUGUUAUCUUGGAUCAUCAUUGAGAAAUGUGGGAGUAGUUUUAUACUGAUGGGUUGUGAUUUGAAUGCUGUGUUUUUUUUUUUUGU